AUGGGGAUCCCUCUCCUCCUCCCCCUUCUCGUCACCCUCCAGCUGUUCACCGCCUCCUCCCCCGCGGUCGCGUCGUCAUCACACAUCUCCGUCGUCAUCUCGCAGUCGGGCCUCGACUUCGCCAAGGACCUGCUCUUGUCCCGUGCCGUCGCGACCCUCACGCCCCUGAACGUGCCGGACAUCGAGAGGACCAUGAGCAUCCCCCUCGUGGGCACCGUCCGCAUGGCCGCAUCCGGGAUUGUGCUCAACGGCCUCGCCGUCACCAACUCCACCGUCGCUGUGGGGGACACGGGUGUUGUCGUGGCCGCCUCGUUGGCCAGCGCGAACCUCACCAUGGAGUGGAACUACUCGUACAGCGCCUGGAUUGUGACCAUAUCCGACAGAGGGAAUGCUUCGAUCCAGGUUGAAGGAAUGGAGGUUGGUGUUUCCAUGGUCAUGAAGAAUCAGAAUGGAUCUAUCAAGCUGUCUGUUACAGAAUGUAGCUGUUAUAUGGAGGACUUAGACAUAACACUAAAUGGAGGAGCAUCUUGGUUCUAUCAAGUGUUUAUAGAUAGUUUCAGUAAUCAUAUCAGAUCAGCGGUGGAAAAUGCAAUUAAGAACAAAGUAAUGGAAGGUGCACUGAAGCUUGACUCUUUCCUGGGAAACCUUCCAAAGAAAAUUGAUCUUGAUAGCGUUGCUGCGAUGAAUGUGACUUUUGUUAAUCAUCCACUAUUCAAGAGCUCCUCUGUUGAGUUUGAUAUAGAUGGCUUAUUUAUUCCAUCGGAUGAAACUGCUCCCAGAGACAUGCUUCUUGGAGAUACCCAAUUUGCAUUACCUCUUGGGAGCUCCUCAAGAAUGCUUUGGAUUUCAUUGGAUGAAGAUGUUUUCAACUCUGUUUCAGCUCUCUACUUCAAGGCUGGUUUGCUGCAACGGAUGGUGGACAAGGUUACUGAACAGUUUCUUUUGAACACUGCUAGCUGGAGAUUUUUGGUUCCUCGAUUGUAUCGAGAGUAUCCUGACGAUGAUAUGCUACUGAAUAUCUCUGCAGUUUCGCCUCCCUUUGUGAGGAUUAAUGUGGGUAGAAUUGAUGCCACAGUUGACUUAGAUGUCACAGUUAAUGUCUUGGAUUUUGGUGAGAUAGUUCCAGUUGCAUGCAUAUCAGUGUCGGUUGCUGUUUCUGGAGCUGCAGCAGUAUCAGAGAAUAAUCUUGUUGGGAGAGUGGAAUUGGAUUAUUUCUCAUUUACCUUGAAGUGGAGCAAAGUUGGAAAACUCCACACCAGUCUAGUGCAGACUGUGCUGAGGAUUUUGCUGAAAAAAUUGUUUGUACCUUAUGUGAACUCAUAUCUCGAGCAAGGCUUCCAGUUGCCCAUCAUCAAGGGGUUCUCCGUCAUAGAUGCAUAUGUCCUCACUUCUUACUCAAGAAUGAUUGUUAGCUGCAAUGUUGCCUUCACUGAGCCAGAGGUUCUGUCUCCUGUCCAAGAGUCUAAGACCAACGAAGAUUUGUCACAUGAAGUUAGUUUGCUGGUUGGAUCUGCCAAAACUUGGCAGCCAGUGAUAAGUAGUGUAAAAUUCCUGUAA